AUGGGGUCGCUUCCGAAGCAACGCGUUCAGCAUUCUCGCCCAUUCACAGCUACUGGUGUCGACUUUGCUGGGCCACUGAUCAUCAGAAGUGGAAUUCGUGGAAGGCCGGGCAAAAAGGCAUGGAUCGCAAUAUUUGUAUGCUUCUCAACGAGAGCAGUCCACAUUGAGGCAGUGGAGGAUUUAACGACCAACGCGUUCUUAGCAGCGUUUAGAAGAUUUAUAUCCAGAAGAGGAAAGCCAAACAUCGUCUGGAGUGAUAAUGGAACGAAUUUUGUUGGAGCACGCAAAGAGCUAUCUGUAUAUGUGAGUAAGGUGGAUAGUUGUCUAGCAUCAGAAGCAAUAACUUGGAAGUUUAAUCCACCGGCAUCGCCGCAUUUUGGCGGAGUAUGGGAAAGCGCAGUGAAAGGUGCUAAAUUCCACCUCACGAGAGUGGUAAGGGGCAUGUCUUUAACCUUAAGUGAAUUGCAGGGGUGCGCCCCGUAUACGCUUCCUCGCAGUGCACCCUGGUAA